GGCGGUAACAUCUCACGGGGUGAUGUUUUAGAAUUGAAUUAUUCGUAAAUUUCAGCAGAGUGCUGUGCACUUUGCAAAUAGAAUUUAUUGUUGAAACAUGUAAGCUAAACAAAUGUCGGGGCCGACGCUUCUAAUUAUAAUAACAAUGAUUUUCGCUGUUCUUGUUGUAUCAUUAGUUGGUUUCAUAUUUAGUAAUCCAGCGUAUGCUGCAUCAUGCGAAGACGGAAGGCUAUGCCCACCGCCGUGGCUGUGCUGCGAACAGGGCUGUUGCACGCCAGGCAGCGCGCCGCAACGCCGAGACCCCGACCAGCAGGACGAUGAGACAUUUAAGGAGAUCUUCACCUUCCCGUGGUAUACUCAAUGGCAAGUUCUUUUCCUGCUGGUCUGCCUCGUGGGCAUCCUGGUGUGCUGCAGCUGGUGCCUGUUCUUCCGGCGGCCGCACGGCGUAUACAUGCUGUCGCUGUGGUGUUGCGUACGCCGGCGCACCUCCGAACACGAUUCCGCAGGCUCCGUCUACCCGCCGCCUAGAUACAGCCGCUGCGGCUCUUUCCAUCAAGCACCGCCUCCUUAUUCUGAAGUAACAUCGAAGCCUGAUUUGUACCCGCUGGUGAUAACGUGCGCAGAGGGAGACGCCAAAAACGGCACCGGUGGGAAUUACCUCAUGGUGCACUACUUCAGGAACUACGUUAUACGUGCCCCUGGGCCUAUUUUGCCGAACCCCAGCAUUGAGCCACAAUAUUCUUAUUUUUAA